AUGAAGUCAAGUAGCAUGGACGAAAGGGAGUGGGUCGCCGUGUGCGUAAAAAAGUGUUCUGAUACGCGGCUAGGAGUGGAGAAGACUGCGGUCAGCGUCACCGCCGUCAGCGUGUGUUAUAGGUGGAGCAGUACCAGAUUCGCUUGCGGACGAGCCGCACUCAAUCGAACGGUAAACAUCAAUGGCAACUUCGUGGAAGAUCGGCUGCUGUCGUCGAACCGGUGA